ACACGGUUCAGCGUAGCCAGACUGCAACGAGAACCUGGGUGUUGAUCAGCUCAGCUUGAACGAAAGCAACUGCCGCUCAGAGAAUCGCUGUAUUGUACUGUGAUCCAUUAGAUUUAGUCGGAGAACCCAAAGAGACAAGCGUGAAUAAGAACAGAUAGCAAAAGCAGAAAAAAAUGCGCUGAUUGACGACCACUGAUCUCAACUGGACGCAAAAAAGGAAAAAGGAAUUUGGCAGUUUACAUACAUUCGUUUUACGAUAUAAUUGGGGAAAAUGUUAUCCUUACACUGAAUUCUGCAAUCCGGACUACUACUAUUCGUCACGAUCGACAUAAUAACAGAAAAUCAAGUUCAUUUUUCGAUUUUUUUUUUCUUUUCAUAAAAUGAAGUCAUUGUGAAGAGCACUCUUGCAUUUUAAGACAUAUUGCACACAUUCUGAAGAAACGUAACGACACCCUCAAAAAGUGGAACAUUUGGCACUUUUUAUCGACAAUACAGUUAGUUCAUUAGUUGAACAUAAAAUAGCUUUUUUAUGUUAAACCUGGUUAUACAGUGUGAAUUUUUGUUUUUCCUCCGCUUUUAAGUUUUUGCAACACCGGUAGUCUACUUGGCCAUUUAUUUACGGAGGCUCAAAGAAAAAAAGGAGGUCAACAGGUUUCCCACGAAUACUGACUCAAAAUACUUUUUUUAACUACAGACGUGGAUUUCCUGGAAUUCUUCACUGAUUCGUUCUUUGGAAAUAAAAGACGAUUUUGCUAACAAGAAAAAAAGACAAAUAAAAAACAAACUCUUGUAAAAUUAAGAAGAUUUGGAUGUUUGCUGGGGACUAACGCGCGCGUGCCUUUGCGUGAGAGUUCCACAGAGCGCCGCUGUCCUCGUGCUGAAGUGCUGAGCAGCGCCUGCCUCGUGCCUCCAUAAAUGCACAGUCCAUUGCGGAGUCUCGAGGCUGGGCGGCAAGAUGAGCUCAUGGGUUCUGUUGCUCGCGGCGCUUGCGGCAUUUGUGCGGUGUGCUUGCACCGAGGGGGACCCUCUGCCUCCUGCCCUGGUGGAGCUGGUGAGGAGCAGUCCCAUCUCCUCCAUUCAGGACCUGCAGCUCCUGCUGGAGCCUGACUCCGUAGACGAGGACCCAGACAGUCAGACUUCUACGCGUCACCACGCCAACGGCACUUCCAAGCGCCUUCCCAGAAGCCUCGCGCUCGAGCAGGCGCAGCUGGCCCUCUGUAAGGUGCGGACGGAGGUGCAGGAGGUCACCCGCGACAUGCUGGACCGCCGCAACGCCAACUUCAUGCUGUGGCCCCCCUGCGUGGAGGUGCAGCGCUGCUCCGGCUGCUGCAACUCCAGGACCGUGCAGUGCGUCCCCAUCGUCACUCGCACCCGCAACCUACAGGUGAUGAAGAUCCAGUACAUCAAUAUGCAGCCUUCCUACGAUAAGGCCGUCAUAUCCGUCCAGGACCACGUGGAGUGUCGCUGCCAGAGCUCCGCCCCCCCUCCGGCCCCAAGAGCCACGCCCAAAAAACCCCAGCAUGCACUGCAGCCCCAGCGGCCGGCCCCCAAAACCCCGCCUCUCAAAACGCCGUCCAAGGAGGAGCUGCACCGCCAGGACGAGCUCAAACAGAACCAGAACCGGAACCUCCGGCCGGACGACAGGGACUCACAGCGCCCCCUGUGGCCGGCCAAGCGCGUGACCGCGCCGCCGCCCACCGCACAGACGAGCCGCUCGCCCGCCGCCGCCGCCACCGAGGGGAGGACCCAGGCCGAGCGGGCGCGCAGCGAGCCCCGCCCGAGCGCCGCGGAGGAGAAGGAGCCGACGCCGACGCAGGAAACGCUCGGAGCUCGCCGAGACCCGGGGGAGGGGAAACCGCCCCAUCGCAGCGGCGACGGCGGCACGGUGCGGCCCCACCCGCACCCCCACGGGCAGAGCCCCAACGCCACGGCCCAUCACACGGGCCCACAGAGACCCACCGAGGGGGAGAGGGAGGACAGGGCACACGCCCACCACACACAAGCUGGUUCUCCCCCCCAGCUGGGCAGUGAGUCACACAACCAUGGCCACAGCCAUAGCCAUGACCACAAUCACAAGGAUGACCACAAACACAUCCACAAUCACAGCCAUAGCCAUGACCACAAUCACAAGGAUGACCACAACCACGACCAGAAACACAACCAUGACCACAGCCAUAGCCAUGACCACAAUCACAAGGAUGACCACAAACACAUCCACAAUCACAGCCAUAGCCAUGACUACAAUCACAAGGAUGACCACAACCACGACCAGAACGGCAACCAUGACCACAGCCAUAGCCAUGACCACAAUCACAAGGAUAACCACAACCACGACCAGAAACACAACCACAAACACACCCACAAUCACAGCCAUAGCCAUGACCACAAUCACAGUCCCAACCACAGUGACAGCCAACACCACAGCCACAACCACAAUCACACUCGCAAUCACAGCCAUGACCACAGCCACAACCACAAUCACACUCGCAAUCACAGCCAUGACCACAGUCACAACCACAAUCACACUCGCAAUCACAGCCAUGACCACAGUCACAACCACAAUCACACUCGCAAUCACAGCCAUGACCACAGCCACAACCACAAUCACACUCGCAAUCACAGCCAUGACCACAGCCACAACCACAAUCACACUCGCAAUCACAGCCAUGACCACAGCCACAACCACAAUCACACUCGCAAUCACAGCCAUGACCACAGCCACAACCACAAUCACACUCGCAAUCACAGCCAUGACCACAGCCACAAUCACACUCGCAAUCACAGCCAUGACCACAGCCACAACCACAAUCACACUCGCAAUCACAGCCAUGACCACAGCCACAACCACAAUCACACUCGCAAUCACAGCCAUGACCACAGCCACAACCAAACAGAGACAACAGAGCAAAGGCAACAUGUUGUCAAGCCGCACAAAGAUAGAGAGCUUCCUGAAAUGGAGGAAGGACGAUUGCUACAGCCAAGCCUACAGGAGAAACAAGAACUUUUACUGCUUCAAAGAAAAGACCAGUUAAAAGAACAAUUAAAACAACAAGAACAAUUACAGCGACAUCAUCAUCAACAAGAACAUCAUUUACAUCAUCAAGUGCAGGUGCACACAACCACAAAAAAACCAGUGACGCCAGCGCCGACGCCAGCGCUGACCACGGAGCGCCCGCCCCCGCCCCCGCCCCCGCCCCCGACACAGCGCCCCCCAAAACGACGGACCCCGUUCCGCAAGAGACAGCGAAAGAACCGGCCAAGGAUCAGCAAGGCAACCAUGAGGGCCAGGCUGAUGUAGAGAGAGCAGGCCACAGGGUGAUAGUAUGGACCUUUCACCUCGGUGCACAUCCAAAAGUGACCCUGAAGUAUUAGGACACACAAGAAAUUGUCUUCUGGGUGGACAAUAGCCUCUCCAUUUCUCUGUAAUUGUUGUUGUUGAUAUUUUCAAAAUAUAAAUUAUUUUCAAUGGUUUACAUCUUCAGACUGUAGACAGUAUGCUCUGUGACAACAGCAAUAACAGCCCCGAUAACUGUCUGAUCAAGAAACAAGCUCGACUGGGAGGAAAAAAAGUCAUUUUAAACUGCUCUUGAAAUACUGUCAAUCAAUGUAAGGUGAAUACGUUUGACAGUACUACAGCCCCCAUCAGCCACUGUGCUUCUGAUCUGCUGGACCCUCAGAAGCUGAUUGGACAGAGGGCUUUUGAAUGUCCCGUGGGCCUGGGCAGCCUGUGCUGUCCGGCCUUCACUGGAGGGAGAAAAGAGGAGAGGCCGAUGAACUCGCCGAGUUUGAGCCACCCAGCUGCCGUCCUGAUCCGACCGCCGUGGAGGCCCUGGGCCUUCCGUGGCGCCUGGAUAUGAAGCUCGCCGUUGUGCCGCAAACAAAGGAGGUCUCUUAACUCCUACACCUCACGAGAACGCUGGCCUUUGACUGGGCUUUCGGGAAAAAAAAAAAAAAAAAAAAAAAAAGACGCGGUUUCCUCAGCCCUCUAUGCCCCAACACUGAAACAAUCCGUUACUGGACAAUAUCAGUUCGAUGUGGAACAUCGAGAGUCAUGUGAUGUCAUGCAGGUCAUUUGACCAUCCGCACUGAUGCUCCUCGUGCGGCUUGUGUCAAUGACGAGUGGCAGGACUGAAGUGGGCGGGCCUAGAAUGUCUUGGGCUGGAUUGGGCGGGAAUGGGCGGAACUGGCCUAUUCACGGGUCAGACACCCUUGUAGGCCGCCAGAGAGUCGAACCUGCUGAAGGGCUAGGGGAGAAGAGUAACCCUGGCCAAAAGCACUGAAAACCAAAGCUCAGGAGUACCAGAGAGUUAGAACCCACACGUGUACAUAACCACAUGCAUAAUUUGCUCAAUAAUGUAUAGUGAUAUAUAUAUAUAUAUUUUUUUUUUGGUUAAUAUAUUUUCUAUUUAAUUUAAGCUUGACACUGGAACUUUCAAGGAUUGCAUUCUAACAGUUGGGGGGGGGGGGGGGAAUAAAAUAUGAGGGUGAUUGCACUGGUCUAAUUAGUUGAACACUUGUGCCAAACUUCUGAAGUCGACGCAGUAUUAAUGCGGCACUGAAUGCCACAGUGUACAGUGUGAUUGAGGGCAAAUUACAGAUGUGUAUUCACUAGCGGGAAAACAUCAGUGUCUGCCUUUGUCAGGGUCAUUGACUUCAGCACCUUCCCAUUAUGUCUUUGGUGAAGAAAUCUCACUGAGCUGAAUUAAGCUUGAAUAUGCAUUUUAGAAGAUUUAACUGCACCUUUUUUUGCUGCUGACUAUGCAGUCUUACAUGCGUGUCUUACAUGAACUUCAAUAAAAAAAAAAAAAAAGGAAGUUAGGAAGUUACCAGGCUAAGCAGUCACGAUAGCAGGCACUUCUGUAGAAUUAUUGAUAUUUCCUGGUUACCACAGAAGUAGGACAGAGCUCAGUGUUUUCCAGAUUUACCCAUUUUCAAAGGGAUCAGAAGUGCCCUCCAAAUUCUACACCCUGGAUCCAACAGCAAAAGGCAGACUACUAAUGUGCAACACUGUCAGUGAUGGGUGUCAACAAGUGACACACUCUACAGCAGAGAGACUAAAGUCUGACCCUCGAGGUCAUCAGUGCAGCUGGUUUGUACGUCUCUUUGGAUAAAAAGCAUCUGCCAAAUAAAUGUAAUGUAAUGUAAUGUAAUGGUUUCUUCUUCGGCCUGAUAGUCCAUAGUCCAAUGAUGUCACUGAUUGGCUGGAGAUUACACUCACCUGCUGCAUCAUGUUUAAACCAGUCGCUGAUUAGAGGGGAGGAAACACAAACCAGCAGUACUACUGACUCUGAGGUCCAGAUUUGAGUGUCCCAGCUCUACAGCAUCCAGGACGCUGUGAUGAUGUAUAAGAUGACUGUUGGGUGGGGGGGGGUGGAUGUGGGGGUGGGGGGGAACCAACAGUUGGAAGCCGUAUAAUAUUCCCGUUGCUGUACAGUUUGCAAUUGGGCGGGGACUGGAGCCCUGUCAGUGGGUCAUACUGUGGGUCCAGUGCGGAAGCUGUCUCCAACCGAGGCUGCGAUAUUCUGCGGUGCGCUGCUGUAGCCGCGGUGAGGGCACUGGGAACGAGCCGAUUUAUAUUUUUAAACUCAGCGAAAGGUCACAUACUACUGAAGCACCGCUGCGGUGCCGCGGCGGUCGCGUGCAGAGAGUUCUCGUGCUCCCUUUUCCCGUCCUUCUUCGGCUUUCUGGUCGGGAAUAACGGAGGCGCCGCGGCAGCCAGUUGGAACUAAACCCCACACAGUGUCGAUUGUCUGGAAUCGCCGCGGCGGUUUGUGUCUUACUGCCGGUUUGGGAGCCCUCUCUAAGCCGCUCAGAAGAGCCCGUUUGGCCUGAGCGCAUCCAUGAGGUCAAAACCGUUAGCUAGCCUAGCAAUGUAUGUAAAUGUUACAGAAUAUUUUCUCACCGUAUUUUUUAAGUUAUUUAAAAGGUGGUCAUUGUAUCUCAUUAUGUCGACUGUAAUUAAUUGACGUUUUUUAAUGUUAUCGUUUUUAUUAUAAUGAAUGCUAUUUUUAAUGUUAUCAUAAAGCCAGAAUAAUAUUAAUAUAAAUAUGUUGUGUAACAUGUCUUUAUUAAAAUUUACAGUCUCGGUUUUGUAACACUGAA